AUGGCGGGGCGCUUAGCCGGACUCCGUCCCGAUGAGGACGAGGAUUUCCAGGACUGUGUGAGUGCCCACGGCGAAGGGCAGGACGAGCUCGAUGCCUGGCUCGACGCAGCCUCUGCUGCGAGCCAGGGCCUUGCAUUCACAGCAGAUAUUGCUAUCUCCAGUCGUGACAUUUCCCUCGAUUCAGAUGUGGAUCCUGCUGAAGCAGAAGAUGGCUUGGGCGAGCUGCGGAGCUUCACUCGCCCUCCGGCAGCCGAUGCGCCCAUCUCUGUCAUCUUCUUGGUAGACCUCUCCAGUAGCAUGAAAAGGCACGACAUUGCUGGGCGGAAAGAGCUCCGCCGCAUCGAUGCAGUUGUGGAUAUACUGAAAAGCUUUAUCGUUCAGCAGCGAUCGGCGGGGGCUGUGCUGGACAUGUACUCUUUGGUUACCUUCUCGAUGAACAGCUAUGACGUCAAGUUCUUAAGGCGAAGCAGCUCCGAAGCCAUUGCCGACCUUAGCCGCGGUGUUUUCAAGCCUGCUGGCUGCGUGAACUACGAUAAGAUAGUUUCUGCAGUCCAAGAAGUGGCUGUUCCUGGGCAAGUCUGCCGCGCCAUCUUCAUGUCUGACGGCUGCGCAGGUAAUCUGCAACAUCAUGUUUUGCCCGGCUUCCAAACCCUCGUCGCAGCGAAUCCACAUGUCGUUCUUCACUGUAUCGGUUUCGGACUGAAGGAUUUCCUGAUUCUUCAGCAGCUUGCACAGAUUGGGCGUGGAAGCUUCAGCCGUGCAAGCUUGGACAUCGACAAUCUUGUCAACACCUUCUCUAGUCUAAGCAAGACAGUGACUGAAACAAGGAACGCGGUGCAUCAGCGUGAUCGAGAAGCCCGUCGUGUUACUUUUGAGAGCGCACGUCGCUUUCAUGGUUUCGCCCCUGGGAGAAAAAACGGGAGACUUGGGAAUGCGCGGCGCUGCACCUUCAGGCUCUGCAAUGGAAAGCUGCAGACAAGAACCAAUGACAAGUGCCAGAUUCAACUGCACAAGGACCCUAUCAUGCAGGGGGGCAUGCGCUUGGUUUACCGAUGCCGUGAUGAAGACAUCCGGGCCGAAAUGGUGGCAAAGCUUUCCAGGUAUGCCGAACAUGACAACUCCUGGGAUUUCGUUAAAGAGUUUGUGAAAAACACCGCACAAACUCGUCAGUUGACCCAGCAGUUUCAUAAGCAUUUUUGGUGGGCUUUCGCUUGCAAUCGGGAGCCGAUGCGCCUUGUGUCAUGCACACAGACAUGGGUCUACGAUGUGUGCGCAACCGAGCAUAUUCCCAACGUACUCUGUGUCGCAGAGCCGUUCCUAAAGGGAUCAGAAAGGGGCUUCACCAAAUGGAUCAACAACCGGGGGGAGAUACUGAUCCCACCAAGCAGCACCGAGUACAGCAUGGCCGUGGAAGCUUUUGCGCAUUUUUCGUUGGAUUUCAGCCGGGGCAACCUCAUGGUGGCAGAUCUUCAAGGAGUUUUGUUGCCUGGUGAUGGAAAGAGUCGACGGGUUCACUUGACGGAUCCUCAAGUUCUUUCACUGGGGCAGGAAUUUGGUGCCGCCGAUCUGGGGUCUCCGGCUAUGCAGAAGUUCAGGUCACCUGCACGAAGGCAGGCAGGCAGCGCGCAUGGUCUUCGCAGUGAUGAGACAUUGAAGGCCCAGGAGCUGCUCCUCUCCCAAUGCCGGACGAAAGCCAAGCGAAUGCUCUUCGUGGGCGAAUGCACCCAUCUCUUCACGGUUGCGGCUGCAAGGCUUGUGGCUUUGUGGCUGCGAUCAGAGCAUCCUCGUCUUGAGUGGUGUACCACCGAGCUCUCAUGGCCGACGUCGGAGAAGAUGAGAUCCGAGCUUCGGGCCUCCCAGGCCAGCCUUCGUCCUUUCGGCAUAGAGGUGUCUGCGAAUGUGGAUGCAACGAACCUCAAGCUCAAGGUCGACGGAUUGGUCAUGCCGUUUCCACGCGACAUGCAGGCACAAUCUAGCAGCCGAGAGGUCAUCACGGCCAUACAAGGCCUCUGCACCGGAUUUGUGCAGAGCACCUCCGAGUAUCUGGAUCCUGGCGAAGAUGGGGUUGGUGGCACUGUUAGUGUCAUCCUGUUGGCUCACCAGCACCUGGCAUGGAAGUUGCCGAUCACCUUGCAGACACGUUCAGGCACCUUUCUGCGGGAAGUCUUCUGGGUGGACCUCGUUCCCUUCUUGACCUACGGCUAUCGCCCACGAUUCGGAGACAGCCGCGACUCCCACAGACGAGCAAGGUACCACGAGGGUGACGAAGUCGUCAUCGUACGAUGGCGCCGAAAGCUCAAUGAGGAUGACCAGCCUGGAGGGAUGACCGAUCAACGUGUGCGAAGCGAAAGUGCGAACCGACGAAGCUGCAGCCGUGGGCGGAGCAGCAGCCGUGGGCACCGUGAUCGGAGCCGGUGA